AUGGGGAUGCAGAUGCAAGGAGGUAUGGGGACGGGGAACCAAGGCAUGGGCAUGGGCGGCCCAGGUAUGGGCAUGGCCGGGCAGCCAAUCGGCGCGCAGUACGGAUAUGAUGCGAAUCAGAAUGCGAUGGGCAUGGAUAUGGCAGGCGGCGGAGGGUAUGGUCACCAAUGGGCGGGGGGCGCGGGGAACGCGGGGAGCGGCGGCGAGUGGGAGUAUGAGCAGGAGGGGGAGUGGGGGGAGGUGGAAGGGGAGGAAUACGAGGAUGAAGAGGAGCUUGAGGAUGGGCAGGAUUAUGAGGAGGAGGAGGAGGAAGAGGAGGAAGAUGAUGAAGAAGAGGAGGAGGAGGAAGAGGAUGAGGAAGAAGAGGAGGAAGAAGAUGAGGAGGAAGAGGGGGAGGAGGAGGAAGAGGAGGGGGAGGAUGAGGAGGGUGAGGAGGAGGAAGAGGAGAGCGGUGCUAAUUGGUCGCACGCUGGGGGUGGUUACCAGCAGGGGCAAAUGGGGAUGCCUGGGGGGCCGAUGGGGGGGGGGAUGGGGAUGCAGCAGCAGGGCAUGCCGAUGCAUGUUAACAACCCCAACCAGGGGGCAUCUAUGCCUGUCGGCUUUGGGGGUCCUCCUGGCAUGAUGCCCCCCCCUCAGGGGUACUCGAACGCGAUGCCCCCAGGUUCUGGGCCUAAUUACCCUGGCUUCCAACCCGCUCGUGGGUACCCCCAGCAGGCGCAGAUGGGGGGCAUGGCGGAUGAUCUCUAUGGCGGAGGGAAUGGGGGCGGCGGAGGGAUGUGGGGGCCGCAGAUGGGGGGAAUGCCGCCCCAGGGCGGGGGGAUGGGGCCUGGGGGCGCGGUGGGGGCGGUUGACGACGAUUUGUACGGGGGCAGGGGGAGCUGGGGCGGGCAGCAGGACAUGGGCGGAAUGCAAGGGGGGAUGCAGGGCGGAAUGCAGGGGGGGAUGCAAGGGGGAAUGCAGGGCGGAUGGCAGGGGCAGCAAGGUGGAGGGGGAGGCAAUUGGGGGAGGCCGGGUUGGGGAGGCGGGGGAGACAUGGCCGGCGGAGAGCAGGGAGGAGUGAAGCUGGAGCGAUCACUGGCAGCUGAUGACGCACGCGAGCAGGAACUGGAUCAGGUCCGUCCUCUCCCCCCCGGCAAGCCAGCAGUCACACGGAGCGCAGCCUUUGUCUUUGAAGAUCUGGGCCUGCAGGUGCAGCGCAAAGGGCCCCCGUCCGGCCCCGCUCCUCCCCACUCCAUGCCGCCGCCCUCCGCCUCAAACCCUAACCUGCCCGGAAAUUUUCCUCCCGGGCAGCCGCCAAUGUGGGGCAGCAGCAUGAGCACGGGCGGUGUUAAUGGCCCGCCAACCCCGUCAAGUAAGAUGCUGCUGGGGCCAGGGGCACGGUCGCAUCGAGGCAUGCGAUUGCUGUCUGAGGAUGUACCUGAAAUGAGGCAGAGAGGCGGGCCGGGAGGCAGGAGGCCGGGUGGCGGAGGGGAGUAUGACGGAGGGAGAGAGGUCCGGGCGCCGUCACCUGAUGAGAGUCGGCUGAGUGAGAGGAUGAGGAGGCAAGGGUUAGGAGAGGGAGGGGCGGGAGGGGGGGCGAGGGGCGGAGGUGUGAGCGGGGGUGGGGAUCGGCAGGGGCAUAGGUAUUCUGGGUCGACUAUGAGCAAUGCCAGCAGCGCUGUUGGGGGCGGUGGGGCAGGUGGGAGCACCAGUGGCUCUGCGCGUAAACCAGGCAAGGAUCAGCAGCAGCAGCAGAGCUCGAGAGCAGAAAAGAGGCAGCCUCCAACGCCACAGCAACAGGCUGAGCAGAGGGAGAGAAUUAUGAAGAAGUUAGCAGGGGGCCAGCCACAGCCGCAACCACAGGCCCCGGUGGAGCAAGAGCCGGGCGGCGAGAAGAUGAAGAGGACAAGCACAGGCGGUAGAAGAUGA